UUGAAUCCGAACAAAGGAAGCUAACAGCAGCUUCUCAUCAUGGGGAAGAAAGCACCUCUUCUCACCUUCAUAUUAUGGGAUCAAAUUAUGUUGUGUGCCCCAGAAGAAUCUCAGCAGUAAUUGCAAAUAUCAACAUCCCAAUGGGGGCAUUUUUGCCUGGUGCUGGUCAACCUCCUAAAAGAAAAGAAUCUACUGAACUCGAAGAGAGUCUUCCAACUCCACCUGAAGAAGAAAAGAAAAAGACUCUCCCAGGAGCCAAGAAGCUACCAGGCCCAGCAGUUAAUCUCUCAGAAAUCCAGAAUGUAAAGAGUGAACUGAAAUUUGUUCCAAGAUUUGAAUAAUAAAAGAAAUGAAAUUGUACCACUA